UGGGCAGAUUGGUGACUGGACCUUAAAAUUGAGGGGAGGUGGUGCUAAAGGUCUAACCUCAUCUAAAAGCACUUCUUGUGAAAGAGAGCGGACUGUAUUGUGUAAAAGGCAACUGAUUACCAUACCAGUACAUUUUACAAUGUAUGGCAUUACAAUCUAAAUAAGAAGAUCCAACUAAAACAUUAAAUGAAGCUUGGCCUACUUUUUCUAUCUGGAGGUUAAAAUAUUCAAGCAUGAAGGAACAUUGUUUUUUUUCCUGCAACUGAAGGCUCCUUGUUAUUAGUAACGUGUUCAUGUUUCAUAUUCCUACACAUUUCUUAUCUUAUUUGACACCGUGGGCUCCGGAGCGAAGUGUGCAACAGCCUCUCAAGUGUGAGGCAAACACGUGCAGCCACAACGUCCCAUCGCUUCCUUUGACAUUAAUUUUACAUGAGUAAAUGGCCGGACUGCCUCCCCCUCUGUGUGGAGGAAUAAACACGAGCGCUCACAUUUAUAUGGGAAUUUGACUGGCGAUCUGAGGAUGAAAUAACUCGACCAGAAACUUUAGACAGCUCUGUUUUAUGUCCUUUUAAUUAGAAUAUAAUUAAUUGAAUGCAACAACAAUCUUGUUAGCUGGAUUACUUUUCUUGUUGGUCUACAAUCUGCAGUUUCAUAAGAUCCUGUGAUUAAAUUAUGUUCUGUAGUUGAUUCUUAGGAAAUCUAAAUUAUAAAAUCUAUAUUAAAGAUCUGUAGAUGUAUUCAUGAUAUAUUUUAUAUAUAUCAUAUAUAUAUAAAUAAUUGUUUACUCAGCAUGUUUGAUCAAUUAUAAAACACCUAGAUAUAGAAUAAUAUAUAUAGAAAUCUAACUGAUAGUUUAAAAUGAAGUGUGCUUCAGUUUCUUUAUUCAUUUAAUUUUCUGCUUUGAAAUUUUACAUCUACGAUUCCAACCCCACAUUUUCCUGCUCAUCUGAUGCUGUCAUGACGAGCGAUGUGAGGCCACUCUGCCAUGAAAAUGCUCCUGUCUCUUUAAAUGUUCUUGCAGUUAUUCCUUCAGCAUGCAUAUGGCCAUAAAAAAGAGAUAAAGCUUGAAGUCAUCCACACAAACACAGGCAGGAAGGAAAAAAACUUCCCCAGGAUUUUGAAUUAUAUAGCAGCAGCAUCCUGUAUUUUACACCUGCAGAGAGGGAGGCAGCCUCAGCUGAGUGGAGAGGACAGUCUGACUGGAGGAGCAAACAAGUUCCCAGCAUCGCAGCUUUUUUCUUUUUCAGUUCUUUUUCUCUCCUUUGGUCUCAUCAUUCUGUUUUUCCUCCUUAGUAAGAAUGCUCUUGCACAUGUGUAUGGUCUGGUCUUCUUCCGUCAUUUUUCUACAAGGCGGGUCUGUGCUCUGUAAGGAGAUGAAGCUCCCCAGCAGAGCAGCCAAGCCCCCCUCUCCAUCUGACUUUCUGGACAAACUGAUGGGACGCACAUCUGGCUACGACGCCCGCAUCAGACCCAACUUCAAAGGUCCUCCUGUCAACGUCACCUGUAACCUCUUCAUCAACAGCUUCGGAUCCAUCACCGAAACAACAAUGGAUUACCGCCUCAAUGUAUUUCUGAGGCAGCAGUGGAACGACCCUCGACUGGCGUAUAAGGAAUAUCCAGACGACUCUCUGGACCUGGACCCGUCCAUGUUGGACUCCAUUUGGAAACCUGACCUGUUCUUCGCAAACGAAAAGGGAGCGAACUUCCACGAGGUCACAACAGACAACAAACUGCUUCGGAUAUUCCAGAAUGGAAACGUCCUCUACAGCAUCAGGCUGACGCUGACUCUCUCCUGUCCCAUGGAUCUGAAAAACUUCCCCAUGGACAGCCAGAUGUGUAUCAUGCAGCUGGAAAGCUUCGGCUACACCAUGAAUGAUCUUAUUUUUGAAUGGUUGGAUAUCGGGGCGGUGCAGGUGGCUGAUGAUCUGACACUGCCUCAGUUUGUGCUGAAUGAGGAGAUAGGCCUUGGCUACUGCACCAAGCAAUACAACACAGGUAAAUUCACCUGCAUCGAGGUCAAAUUCUACCUGGAGCGUCAGAUGGGCUACUACCUGAUUCAGAUGUACAUACCGAGCCUGCUCACCGUCAUCCUGUCCUGGGUUUCCUUCUGGAUCAACAUGGAUGCGGCUCCGGCCCGAGUGGGACUGGGCAUCACAACGGUGCUCACCAUGACGACACAGAGCUCUGGCUCCAGGGCCUCCCUGCCAAAGGUGUCCUACGUAAAAGCCAUAGACAUCUGGAUGGCGGUUUGUCUCCUUUUCGUGUUCGCCGCACUGCUGGAGUACGCAGCCGUUAAUUUUGUUUCACGCCAGCACAAGGAGUUCUUCAGACUGAGGAAGAAGCUCAAAGAGCAGCAGCAGCGGCAGAGAACUCAGGGAAGUGGUGACAGUAAAGCGAAGGGAAACAACACGUCAGGAAACAGCGCUCCUCAUGGGAACGUGGCCCAGCAGUGCAGCGUCUGUUCGCGGGAGGAGGAGCUGGCACAGCAGGGUCUACUCUUCCAGAGUUUCGGCAUCGCGCUGUCGGCAGGAAGUGCGCCGGAAAUGGACGCCACGCCGGUGUUUGCUGAUCUACCUCCUGGUUUGGGUUUCUAUGAAAUCCGCAGGCGCUUCGUGGAUCGAGCGAAAAGGAUCGACACCAUCUCCCGAGCCGUUUUCCCCAUGAGCUUCCUCAUGUUUAACGUGCUGUACUGGCUCACAUACAAAGUCCUGCGAUAUGAAGACCUGCAGGCCGCACAGUGACAGCACAACACCGGAGGACCAGUAGAGCCGCAGGAUGCAUCCAAUCCUGGUCUCCUCACUGAAACAUUGACAGGCUGCGGGUCCUCGGCUGGACCAUGUCACCGCCAAAUUCAGCAACAUGGAGGAGUCGAUCAGUUCCUUUCAAUUUUUAAUACUUCAGAGAAAUGCACUUUUUAUUGGCACUGAUGCAAUAUACAUUACACACUACACGUCAUCGUCCAGUCUGUAUUUUAACUGUAUCGUCCCACACCUUUUUGGGAAACAUCUGUGUCUUCACGUGUAUUUGUACUGCAGUACUUCCCUGCCAAGUCUACUUUUUAAAAAUCUUAUUUUCCCCCGUGCACUGAUUUCACUGUUGCCAUGGUUGACAGCUCAUUUAUAUGACCACAGGUUUUGUAUCAAACAGCAAACAAAACAUUUAUCACUACAUGAAUCCAAAUACUAAUCCAAAUAUUUCAUUUCUUAGUAAACUACAGGCUUCUAGGAUGUAAAAGUAUUUUUAUAACGACUAUUUUAUCUAAAAUAAUAUUUAUCAGCUAAAUUACAUAUCAAAUUCUGUACUAAAAAACUGGGAUAAUGUUCAAACUUAAAUUGAAGGAUUUAAGGCCUAAAAGGACAAAAGGAAACACUGCCCAAAGAUGUCACUGUAUACUCAUAUUAUAGCAUGGCACAAACAUAGCUAAAUAUAGUAUGAAUUUUAUUUAUUACUCAUUAUGUCUUCAAUUUCCAAUCUGCAUACUGGCCAAAUAUUUGUAUUAUUAAUAUUCAAUCAUUUGACAACAUUAACAAGUUGAUGGAAUUAAAAGCAUAUAUAAUUUCCUAUGGUAAAUAUUAUUUUAUUAAAUGAUAAAUUCCACAGAAUGGUGAAAUAUUCCAGUUCGUUUCAAUUAACAACAAAAUCAGUGGAAAUCUUAAUAUUAUAUAUAUAUAUAUAUUACAUGAGUACAUUUAUAACAUAAUUCUUAUCUUGAACCAAAUUCUUUGCAGAUCUCUUGAAUGCAGUGUGGUGUGACCAUUAUUAAUGUCGGGUUUUUGUUGUCGGUUUAUUUUCAUUCUAAAUUUGAUACGUAUUAUGUAAGCAUUUGGUUUUUGCCAGAAUCCAAACCUAAGAAUUUAACUGUGAGCUAUGAUGUUUAUAAUUUCACUCUAUGUGAGAAGCCAGAAGAAUCUAACCAGCACUGAACUAUAUUUGUCUUCCUCUCGUACUUUUCUCAGUCAAGGUUAUUUUUAGGUCUCACUCUACUUUCAGGUGGUAACUGUACAAAAUGCCUCUGCAAUAACAGUCUCCUGAGUUGCUUCCAUGACUGAAACUCAGUACCUCGUACUACAUAUUGCUAGAUUAGCUUUUCUGUGUGCACAUGCCUGGAGACCAGGUCCAUCUAAAAGAGGCCUAUAUGUCUUGUUUUAAAAAUAAAUCUUGUCAUAAAAUGAA